UGAUUUCGAACUACGAAGCGAGUAAGACGUGUGUUGUUGUAAUUUAUCUAUACGUUCGACGACGUUUUAAGUGCUUUUAGUUAAGUUUUCUUACAACCAACAAAAAAAAUAACAGUUCUUAAAGAUUUUUUUUAAUUAAAAAAAAAUAAUUUUUGACAUUUGUAUAAAUUAAGUUUAUGCAAAAAGUAAAAAUAAACUAAACUGCUAGAGUGCUAACUAAAAACCAAUACUAAACACGACUUUUUGUGAAAAUGUAUAUUAGUGCUAAAAACAAUUAUUUUAAAAAAUUCUAAAAAUUUAUAAAAAAAUUAAAAACAAACAAAAAGUGUUAAAAAACGAAAAAAGGUUAAUCAAACUAAUAUUAUAAAACAAACUAAAGAAACAAAACAGAUUAAAGUGUUUUCCUGCAAACAAAAACAUAAACAAACAAACAGUUGAAUUGUUGUUUCUUUUUCAAUUUCAUUGCCAACAAUAAUAAACAAUAAGUUUUUCAUCAUUAUUCUUAUAAUUUUACGAAAUUGUCAUAACAAUGGCUGUGCCCUUUUAUUUGCCAGAGGGUGGUGCCGAUGAUACCGUAUCAUCCGGCGGCACCACUUCAUCCGAUGGCGCUAGCAGUGCAGCUAGCUCAUUGCAAUCAUCCCCCAAUACCACCUCUUCGGCCACACAAACUCCCAUGCAGAGCCCUUUACUGCCAGGCGAAGUUAUUAUGGCAAUUUAUGAAUUGAUACGAUAUAAUUCAGGUGCUCCCGUUUUUCAAUACCCAACACCACCCAGCCCUUCGUGUUCGAUACAUAGUCCAUCCUAUACAGGAGGAGAAGUAUUCUUUCCACGCAGUCGCAGUACCCCCAGAAUACCACGCACAAGCGUUAGUUUUGCUCCCGGCGAUGAGGUGAAUUUCUUUCAUCAAUCAGCGCCAGCCGCAUCUAGUGGCAAUGCACAAACUCAAACUACACAAGCACCUCAGUCAGCUCCACCAGUACCAAACAGUCAUCAUCACAACCAGCAUCAACUCUACGGCCAUCAUCCACACUUUGCCUAUCAACAUAGUGGACCAAGUUAUUAUCAAUAUACACCGCCUCCUACACCCAACACUGCCACGGCAACCACCUCAACGGGUACUUCAACAAGUGGAGCGGGUGGUAUGGCCCAUAGAAGUUUACAUCGUUCGCUAUCAGAUUCAGCCAGAAGAUCACGUUUAACCUCAACGGGUGAAGAUGAGCGAGAAUAUCAAAGUGAACAUGAGACCAGUUGGGAUGAGUUCGAAGAUCGUUAUGAUAAUUUUACCGCUGGCCGAGAAAGGCUGCAGGAAUUUAAUGGUCGUAUACCGCCACGUAAAAAGAAAAAGGAUGUGCCAAAAACUAAACCAGAAAAGAAGCAACAUCUGUUAAGUUUACAAAAACAAAAAAUUAAACAAUUGAAAAAAAUGUUCAGCACAAACGUGCUGUUCGAUUUGAAAUUGAAAUAAAAAGAAGACAGACAGAAUUAGGAGAAAACAAAUCAUUGCCAUCAAUGUGUAGAGCAAUAACACGCUUCAAGCAAGUGACAAAUUGCCAGUGCAAACUAUGGUUAACAACCUACAACACUAAAACAAACAACCCAACGAAACAACUGCAACAACCAACAACAAUCAAGUCAAAGUCAUAAAAUCCAACCUAACGACACUUAAAUACAACUCAUCUUACAAUGCGUUCAAAAGUCACAAAUCGAACAAAAAAAAAAAAACAAAUUCAUUUUAAAAUUUAUUUGUAUGUAGAUAUUUUUUUAUGAAACGAUGGAUGGUCUUAAAUACUUGUAGUUCAUACUUACUUGUAUUCGCACACAAAAUAAAACUGACUACAACCUAAAACUAUAAAUAAAAAUGCAAAUUUGCGAUAAAAAUUAAUUGCGCAGUG